CAGGUGUUCGACGAUUAGAUAUUUCCAGCAACCCAGUUACUCGUCUUUGGUAUAAAUACCGGCCUAACUGCCCACUCGAAUUCACACUGCAUCGACGAUUUAGUGCGACAAGACCUGACCAUGGCAUCGACAACUUUUGCUCUCGUUCUCUUCACCCUCUGCCUGGCUACCGGUAUUCAGGGUGAGUCAACCCCCUACACAUCCUGCUCAACGGUUGCAGACCCGAUCGACUUCCGGAUGGACGGAUGUACCGAAACACCCUGCGCCCUUUACCGAGGAGAAACAGCUUCUGCCGAAUGGGAUUGGGAAGUCACCGCCGACACGACCACCCUUACACCCCGUGUGAAGGCGAUAGUCCUUGGACUGAGCAUCAGCUACGACAUCGGGCAAGAAGACGCCUGCGAGACCCUGACCAACGGCGAAUGCCCAUUGGACAAGGGAGAGGAGAUCACCUACAGCUUAUCGAUGCCCGUCCUGGCAGCCUACCCGAAACUCAGUUUGACCGUCGAAUUCGCCCUCUUGGACGACGACGGCAACGCCCAGGUCUGCUUCAGGGUCCCCGUGAAGGUCCAGGAUAGAUCCUAGUUUC